GCGGGUCUCUGAGCUGCUUGUUCUGACUCCCUCCCGGGAUAGUCUGGGUGCGACUGGAUCUGGGGCAAAAUGGUGCAGGCCUGGUACAUGGAUGACUCUGCGGAGGACCAGAGGAAGCCGCACCAGCUGCAGCCUAAGCGGCCCGUGUCAGAGCAGGAGCUGCAGCGGCUGGGGGUGCACGCCUACAAGUUGGAUGCUGAUAAUUAUGAGACGGAUCCAGAGCUGGCCAAGAUUCGCAAAGAAAAUAAUUACUCUUGGAUGGAUAUAAUCACCAUACAUAAAGACACGCUGCCCAAUUAUGAGCAGAAGCUGAAGAUAUUUUAUGAAGAACACUUGCACUUGGAUGAUGAGAUCCGCUACAUCCUGGAGGGAAGUGGUUACUUUGAUGUGCGAGACGAGCAGGAGCAAUGGAUCAGGAUCUCCAUGGAGAAGGGAGACAUGAUCACACUUCCUGCCGGCAUCUACCACCGCUUUACGUUGGAUGAGAAGAACUACGUCAAAGCCAUGAGACUAUUCGUCGGAGAACCUGUGUGGACCCCGUAUAACCGGCCUGCGGAUGACUUUGAGGCUCGCACCAAAUAUGUUGCAUUUUUGGCUCAGACAGCAUAACAUCUUUGUAUAAUACGUUUUAUAUGACUGCGAUUGUAAGAAUCUUCUUUUUAAUCUGAAAAUCAUAAAUGUAAAUGCGCUCCCUUUCCAGUG